GUUGUUUUUGAAGUUUAUCUCGAUAAAUUGUUGAUACUAAUUUGUUGUUAAUUAUCUAAGUAAAUCAAAUGUCUUCAGCUAAAGAAACGAUGGGUGAACAGCCGAUUUUUACGUGCAAAGCGCACGUUUUUCACAUUGAUCCUAAGACGAAAAGGUCCUGGAUGCCCGCCUCAAGUACUGCAGUUAGUGUAUCUUUUUUCUAUGAUUCUUCCCGAAGUCUGUACAGGAUUAUUAGUGUCGAAGGUCAAAAAGCGGUAAUUAAUAGUACUGUAACGCCUAAUAUGACUUUCACGAAAACGUCCCAGAAAUUCGGACAAUGGUCUGAUGUUAGGGCAAACACAGUUUACGGUUUGGGCUUCUCUUCUGAGGCAGAAUUGCAAAAGGUAAAAGUAUUAUUAUUGAGACAAGUUAUUAAAAUUAAUGAAGUUAAGGCUUCGAUGGAAGCUAUUAGCAAAGUUACAGCAAAUGGAGGAACUCCUGUAACUCCUGUUACAAGUGCUAAUGCCAGUCCGAUCAAUGCAAGAGCAGCAAAUGUUUCAACAGAGAGCAAGAAAUUAUUAGAACCUCCAGGGAGUGUCACCCUUUCUACUUCCAAUAUGAAACAGGAUUCUGAUGACAUAGUCCAUGCCAGGAGCCAUUCUCUUUCAGCUAUUCAGAGUAACGAAAGCCCUAGCCAUCAAAUUAAAAUGGAUAAGGUAGUUGCGGGUAGUUCAAGUUCCAACCCUGUAGAUAUGCAGUUGAAGUACGAAAAUGACCGACUCAAACUUGCUUUAGCUCAAAGGUACUCAAUUUUAUUACAGUUUACUUAA